CACACGCACACACACACACACACACACACUUACACAACUUGUGACUUAAAGACAUGAAGUGCCUGGUUCUUUAAACAGAGUCUCCAGUUAGCAGCAUUAUGAAUCGCUAUAACCCAGAAGCACUUGUUCGGAAAUCUCAGGAAGCCAGAAAUCAGGCAUACUGUCCCUACAGCAAGUUCAGAGUUGGAGCAGCUGUCUUAACAAGCAAUGGAACUGUGUUCACAGGUUGUAAUGUAGAGAAUGCAAGCUACCCUCUUGGACUGUGUGCUGAGAGGACUGCUAUCUCUAAAGCUGUGUCUGAGGGACAUACCAGGUUCAAAGCCAUUGCAAUUGCAAGGUAUUUCAGUAUAUAUAAAUGGACAAAUAAUGUUUCAGCUUCCACUGAUACUGCCAUACAACAGACUGUUUUUAUGUCAUCUGUCUUGCAGUUUGGCUCACAGUGGGACGUUUAUCUGUCAAAAUCUGACGGAUCUUACAAAGUGAUGACAGUGGAGGAGCUCCUGCCCUGUUCAUUUGGCCCUGAUGACCUGAGGGCAACAGAAAACACUGUUGGCAAUUCGAAACUGUAAUAUAAAUGAAGCUAUAAGCCACGUUACAAGCCAGAUGUACAGGAUAAACAGAUUUAAAAUGUAUUGAAUGGAUGUAUAGUUGUAUUAUUUCCCAAUUAAAAAAAAAAAAAAAAUUUAAACGAAUAAACAAUAACCAUAUUCUUAA